GUUAAAAAUGACCGCCGUGCUGGGCGCGCUUCCUCUACGUCGUUACCUAGGAGCGUUGCUAGGAAAUAAAGUCAAAACACCCCGGAAAUAGAAGAUUUGAAUGACGGAUGCUCUCUAAAACAGAAACAGGAAUUUUUAAAAGAAUUCAACGAAGGUACAUCUUCUGAUCCUUAUGGAGGGUGGCGGUAAUACACCUAAAAGUUGUUUGCCAACCGCCAUAAAAACAGAAGAAGAAGAAAAAGCCAUAGACGCUGGAGGCUCGUCGACAGUACAUGAGCCAAAACUUCCACAGAAGAACUCAGCAGGACAAAAGCUGCCAACAACGACAGCUUCAUGAAGACAAACGUUGGGCCGUGAGAGCUAAAAAUAAACGAAAGCCAUGUCAAGACAGAAAGAAAUUGUUCGAAGUGGGCCUCCCAUGCCCAGAAUCAGGGAAGACUCGAGACUAUUGCGCACCCACGAAUCGAUGGUGGAUUUCCUGAGUGAGCGCAGGGCUAGAAGCUCUUUCCUCGAUGCAAUUGCUCCUGCUUUUUUCAGUUUACACUUUUCUCAGUGCUUAGAAGAUGAUCUCAUAUAUUCAGAUGACGACGAUUAUUAUGAUGAUGAUGAUGAUGAUGUCGACGAUGAUUAUUAUCAUCAUUCACUUUAUGCUGCUAACAGACCUUUGGAACCACAUCCCCAAAUAAAACAACUCACUGAGGAGGAGGCUAAAGAGUUAAUAGAAGAGGAAGAACGGCGUAAAGAGAGAACUCAAAGAAAUAAACGUAAAAAAAACCGUAAAAAAGCAAAGAAACGACUUGAAAGGGAGAACGCUCUUAAGGAAAAUUUACCAGUGGGUGAUGAGGACAAGGUGGACUCCUCAGAGAAUCACAAACAAACUUGUAUAAUUAAUGACAAUUUGGAGGAAAACAAGCCUCCUGAAUUUGGCGAAUCCCAAACAGCUCCUGAGGAAGCCGGAUGUGCUGAGCCCGCCGAAAACAAUAAAGAAAAAGAUAUUGUGACAAUAAAUACUCUAGAAGAUAAGCAACAAAAGGAUUUGAAUUUGAAACAUAUAAAUGCUGCAUCUACUAAAUUGGUCCCUGAGGAGAAGUGUAACCAGAAGUCUAGAAAAGAGAAGAAAAAAGAAAAAAGCAAAGCUGCUGAUGUUCAGCAGCCUGAGAAAGAAAACAUCCAAGUUGUGGAGAAGCCUGAAGCUCAGAGGAAAAGUGAACGUGAAACCAGUAAACAGAAAAUGCAGGACCCGGUAACUGAAGAGUUCGCUAAAAGAAGCAUAGAGCUUGCCAGUAUGGGAAAUAGUUUGGCUGCGUCUGGACAGUAUGAGAUGGCAGUGUCGUGUUUUACAGACGCCAUUAAAUACAACCCAAAGGAAUUCAAGUUAUUUGGAAAUCGGUCUCUGUGUUAUGAAAGACUUCAGCAGCAUGAAAACGCUUUGAGGGAUGCUGACCUUGCGCUCUCCAUGCAGCCAAAGUGGAUAAAGGGUUUAUUCCGGAAAGGAAAAGCCUUGUGUGGACUCAAGAGGUACUAUGAAGCCUCACUCAUCUACAAGGACGUGCUGACGCUGGAAAGCACGAGUGUUGAAGCUGCACAGGAGCUGAAACGAGCGCAGACCCUGCAUCUUAUAGAAAUGGGUUUCUCCUGGGGGCAAAGCACCGAGGCCCUGAAAACUCACGCAACACUAGAGGAAGCCGUGGAAGCUCUGUUUGCGAGUGACGGCAGCAAUAAUCCUGGAGGGGCUCGCGCCCUUUGGGACAAAGCUGACCAACCACUGGCUCAGGAAGAUAACGAUGAGGAAGAUGAUGAUGAUGAUGAUGAUGAUGGAGCGUGGACUGUCCUACAAACAACCCGUCCACGAACGCAGCAAAUCAAAGAUCUCGAUUCUUUGUUCCAAAUUAGGUCGAAAUCUCAUUCGCCGACUCCUCGCUCCAGAAACUCUGUGAAACCGGAACUGUUUUCCGUUUGGGUUGGAAUAUUAGGCCCUGCUAUAACUUAUGCAAAACUCCAUGAGCUCUUCAGCAGAGUCGGGACGGUGUACAGCAUCAAGAUGCUGCUGGAGCUGCAGUGUGCGUUUGUGAACUACACCCGCAAGGAAGACUGUGAGCGAGCCAUCCAGUGCUUUAACGGAAUGGUGGUGGAAGGGGCUCCGUUAACUGUGCGAUAUCCUUUUAAGAGCCACACCGGAGACUCUGAGCCCUUCCAACGUCUCAGUACAUAUAAGAAGGAGUGCUUUUUCUGGCGGACGACUGGCUGUACAAGGGACGACUGCACUUUCAGACACGUCCCAGAGCACAAGAAUAUCGACAGAGACAAGUUCACCAGCAGACUGGGAUUUGGGUCACAUGCAGGGAAUCAGAAAUAAAUCAAAAGCUGCUUGAGGAACAUGUAGAGAUUUCACACAGGGUCUUGUGAUUCUAGGGUUUAUCAGUAGGAAACACUUUGGGGAUUUAUGAACAGGGUUCAUCCCCUCUGCAUGCGUAUGAACACAGGUAUAACAACAUAACAUUUACUGUAUUGUCAAAUGAAUGUGCCUUUUAUAAUUCUAUUGAAAAUGUGCCUCUAGCUUUGAAUGGUUACUUGGCAGUCUGAAUAUUUGUGGAAGAGUUUUGUUUUUGUUUUAAAACUCGUAGAGAUAACUCCGGUUGAUUUUUAAGCCACCACUAGGUGGCAGUGUUAUAUUUUAACCCUUGUAGGGGGUUCGGAUCAAUUUGCUUUAAUUUUUAAGGCAGGGAUUCAUGAAGUUUUUCUGCAUACUUGUUUAAUUGUUCUGUCUCCUAUUUAUGCUGUUGGUGUAGUGGUUCUGCUUUAUGCGUGGAACUCUCAUUGGUUUGUUUUACAACCAUUAAAGUUCCCUGAGUGGUGGAGCCUCUGA